AAGCAACAUCAAGUAGUCUUAGCUUGACAAUGUGACUUAAACUUAGUUCCAUGGACCUUUACAACAUGCUGGCCGUGCUGGCCUGGUUCCUUUAUGUGCGCGUCUCUUUGUCCAUGAGAGUUCGUGAAGGUGACGACAUCCUCCCCCUCGUUGCACUGUUGGAAGGUGCUGUGGCAAAAGGCAUGACUCAAGGCGACGUGUGCACAAUGUUGGUAGAGCAUAGCAAGGACUUGAAGGAUGAGCAGUCGAUCUUUCGAUUCAUCACGCAAGUCUUUGCACUUGGGAGUGACUCCGUUGGAAAACUUCACCCUGUUGCAGUGCUGCGCUGCAUGGCUGUAUAUUUGAAAAUGCCACUGAAUAUCAUAGACAGCGACACCAAUGAGACUCUGCUGUUCCCAGCUGUGUUGGAUCAUCAACCAAAAUCCGUUCAAUAUCUUCUUGCCUCAGGGGUGCCGGGAAACUUCAGGAACUCAGACGGUGAAAAUGCUGCGGAACUUGCGCUUAUAUUCUGUCCAGAAUGUUUGAUAGACUUGCUGACCGGUGGAGUGAAUCCCAAUGAUGAGUUUCAGGAGAGUUGCAGCAAAGCAACCAUUUUGCAAGACGAGUGCCAAGCUGGGUGGAAUUUGGUGCAUUUCGCAGCUCAAGCGGGUGCGGCAACAUCAUUGAAGAAUCUGAAGCAAUACGGUGCUGAUUUCAAUGCAAAGGACCAUUUGGGGCUGACCCCUGUUUUGGUUGCGAUCAGACGGGGACGCUUGCAAGUGUUGUCAGAGCUUGGACGCCUCGGUGCCAGUUUUUUCAGCGUCCACAACCAGCGCGGCUGGACUCCAGCUCACUAUGCUUGUCGGUACUUGGAUGACUCUAUUGGUCUGGUCAAGUUUCUGGCAACCAUACAAGAAUUUGGUGGCAGCCUCAAUGGCACAAACCACGACAACCAGACGCCAGCUCACAUUUGUGCAAGCGCACGUAUGAAUUAUCUUGGAAGAUCAAAUCCAGAUGCUCUCAGCUAUUUACAUGAAAUGGCCAUCGAAUCCUUUCAAGUUCGCGACUCAAACAACCGAACACCAGAAGAGGUGGCAGAGUCAGAGAAGGGCAAUGUUGCGGAGAUUUUCUUUUACAAAAUUAAAGUCAAUCAAUAUGCAAGGCAGGCGGCUAAAGCAAAUGAAAGGAAACACAUAUUUCAAAAGAAGUCCGAGGAGGCAAUCAAGUGCAAGGAGCUUGAGGAGCAAGUGAAGACCAUUUUUGAUUGCAGUGGAGACGGGAUCAAAGUGCCGCGAGGCGUUAUGCUAAUGAAAGAAUCUCAAGGCGAUUGUGGCAAAUCACGAUGUGCAGCGAGAUGCCCGAAUGCUGCAGCGUGCCCUGAAUGUCAGGAUUGUGAGGCUCAGCAAACGCAAUGUGCUGACGGAUAUGAUGAUGCAUCACAAGGUUGUAGCAGGUGCCAAGCUGGCUACGGCCGUCGCAGAGAAGAUCCAUUUCAGUGCAAAGCAUGCGGUGAAAUACCGUGGCUUUCCUGGGUGACCUACGUGGUGAAACCUUUGGGAAUCUACCUGGUCAGCCUGUGGACGGCACAUAAGAAAAGGGACCGGACCGCUUCUCUUCUAAAGAUUUGGAUGGCAUUUGGCAUCGUCAUGGCAUCCAUUUCGCCCAGCAUUAAAUCCUCUGAUACGUUUGCAAAAAUACACACUUCAUUGGUGCAAUCUGUGGAAGCAGGUGAAGGUGCAGCUUCCCUUGCCACCCAAAUGACUGGUGCCAGCUUUGAUUGCUUGCUGGACAACCCACAUGCUUCGAUGACAGCCUGGUUGGGCCUAUCAUUUGCUCCACCUUUGGUCUUGUGGCUUCUGACAAUGAUCUAUGUGGUCGGUCGCUCCAUGAGCGCAGGGUCAGGGAUGGUGAGCGCACUGACCAAGGACGCUCUAAAGGUGACCAUUGUGAGCACCAAUUGCUUCCUGCCAGACAUGGUGGCAGCUUUGGUGCGCUUCGUCCCGUGCAUCCAUUUCCAAGUCUUUGAUCAAAGCAAGCAGUAUUUGCAAUUCAACGUGGAGACUCAGUGCAGCCAGGUCGUUGGAAUGAGGCUUGCAGCGGUUUUUGCCGCCAUCCUUCUUGGCACUGUGUUAGGUCCUGUGUAUUGGGUGGCCGUCAUCAUGAAGUCCAAGCAAUGGGAAGAUCGUGAGGAGGUGCUGGGUUUUCUCAUCUCUCAUUAUCGGGACAAGGUACGCUGGUGGGAAGCUACCGUUCUUAUUCGCAAAUGUGCAUUGGCUGUAGCCGUUACCCUAUUUUCUGCAAGUUAUGCACCCAUGCUCUACCUUUCUUCCAUACUCCUUAUUGUUGGCCUUGGCCUUGCAUGUCACUCAUACGUGCUUCCUUAUGACGACAGUUUCUUGAACCGGCUCGAGUUUGGCACCCUCAUGGCAUCAUUCAUAGCUGUCUUUUGCACAUUCCUUCUGCAGCUGGAAAUGGUUUCUUGGGCCGUCGAUGAUACAGUCACUAUUCCUGCAGGUGUGAUCCUAGUUCUCGUGGGCACGGUACCUUCCCUGGGCCUCAUGGUGUUGUAUUUCAUGGAGAUCAGGUCAUUUGGGCUUCAGAGACUGACAUCCCUCGCCGAUCAAGUCAAAUCGGCCGUUGCCCGUGAUGAUCCAGAUUGAGGUUGCGUUGGGGGCAAUAUGCACACCUUUGCCUCAACAAGCCUUGCCCUCCUCAGAAAAGAGCGGGUGCUAACUCUGUGUCAAGUUACUCGUUUGGUUCUUGUUAUCAACAUUAUCAUUGUCAAAAGGGUUCAGUUCAAGCAUAAUGAGCCGGCUGAUGACUACCUGACUACCUUUUCUAGAUAAAGUCGAGUCGGCUCUUCCAAUCCUGGGCCUGAAAGAGGUCGUUUGCCCAGCCACUUCUUGGUCGGGCUUAAGCUAUAUCGAUUUGGCCAACGCUUCUGCCUCAAAAAGUCGC